CACAAAACCCGACUUCAACCACACCCAGGAUGUUCCGGUCGCUCUUGACACCGACCCGCGCCGCCUCGGUGGGCGUGGCCUCUGCACUCGGUCUUGCAUCUGCCGCCUCGAGCCAGACGCGAGCGAAUGGUCUCAACAACGAGGCGCGCCAUCCCCGUGCGAUCAUCGCCAACCCUGAUGUGUUUGCGACCAAGCUGCACAAGAUGGUGCAAGACGGCCCCGAGAAGCUGCUCUUGAUUGCCGACUUUGACUUUACGUUGACGCCGUACUUCAACAAGGACGGGGGCCGCGGCCACUCGUGCCAUGGGAUGCUGGCCUCGAGUCACGUGCUCGAUCCAGAGUUUUUCGCCAAGUCGAAUGCGCUGUUUCAGAAGUUUUACCCGAUUGAAAUUUCGCCGAUUCUUGCGCACGACGAGAAGGAACCGCACAUGAUCGAAUGGUGGACGACGGAGCACCAACUCUUUGUGGACCACAAGAUGCACCGCCACCACGUCCAGGCCGCGGUUGCCAAGUCGGACAUUGAGUUUCGCGAUGGCUUUACUGAGCUCUUCCGCGACCUUGCUGCGCACAACGUGCCGACGCUCAUCUUCUCGGCGGGUCUAGCAGAUGUCAUCCACAAUGUGCUCCAGAAAAUCUACAAGGACGCUAUCUUUACGCCCAACCUCCACAUCGUCUCGAACGUGAUGCGGUUUGAAGAGCCCAGUGGGAAGCUCCUCGGGUUCCACGACCCGCUGAUCCACUGCCACAACAAGAACGCGACUGUGCUGCGUGAGAGCUCGUUCUGGCAGGAAUGCGAAGCGCGCCACAAUGUGCUUUUGCUCGGCGACUCGGUCGGGGAUGCCCAAAUGGCGACAGGGCUGCCUGUGCACAACAUCAUCAAGAUUGGGUUCCUCAACCAUAGCCAAGAAGAACGCCUCGCCGAGUACCUCGGUAUCUUUGACGUCGUCAUCAUCAACGACGGCACGCUCAGCCUGCCCCAUACGCUUCUGCGUGCGAUUGCAGGCAAGUAAGCCUUGACGCAGCGCGGAGAAUCAGCCACGG